AUGUACUCUGUAUGUCUACUCAGCAGGUACAUGGAAGCCCCUACAAAACAACAUCUGUUAGCUGUAAAAAGGGUUCUGAGGUAUCUAAAAGGUACCACAACACAUGGAAUUUGGUACAAAAGGCUGAAGGAAGAAGACUAUCUGAUUGGUUACACGGAUAGCGACUAUGCAGGUGAUAUGGAUGAUCGAAAAAGUACAAGUGGCUAUGUGUUUUUCCUUGCAGGAGGAGCAAUCUCAUGGGGUUCCAAGAAGCAGCCAGUUGUGACACUCUCAACCACUGAGGCUGAGUUUGUUGCUGCCAGCUAUUGUGCUACACAGUGUGUUUGGCUUCAAAGGUUGCUGGGACAGAUGGGGUGGAAAGGAGGAGUAAAGGAAUGCACCAGUAUUCUCUGUGACAACAGUUCAGCCAUAAAAUUGUCCAAGAAUCCAGUGCUUCAUGGGAGAAGUAAGCACAUAGAUGUCAGAUUUCAUUUCUUGAGGGAACUGGUCAGAGAUGGAGCCAUUGAGUUGCAACACUGUGGAACUACAGAACAGAUAGCAGAUAUCAUGACCAAGCCAUUAAAGCUUGAUGCGUUUCAACUUCUCAGGAGCAGGCUUGGUAUAAUUGAUGAAGCAGAUCUGAAGGGCUUUGAGGAACAGCAGGUUAUGAACUGA